AUGUGGUUUUCGUUCCCAGAUUUUCUAUCACCUGGCCAGAUUUCGGUCCUAUGUCUUCUUGCCUGUGUUUUUCUAACAGGAAAAGCGAUAUGGCGAAAUUAUUUUUCCAAGUUGCCCCCAGGUCCUUGGGGCAUACCAGUGAUAGGUGAGUUUGCUUUUUUUUCUAACAUUCUUAUACUCUACGCUUUUUCACUUUUUCUCCCACGUCGUUGUUCAUCACAGAAAACUCAGCAUACCCUGAAUUAACCUUCUGAAAGAUCUUUAAAAGUCAUGCAAUGGUGUUUUAUUUUACCCAAGCCCAUUAUUGUGAGUUAGUGUGAGUGCACAUUCUGAUAUUUGUAAACAUACAUUUUUUAAGACGGCUUUCUUUGAAAUCGUCUCUUUUCGAAAAAAUCGGACUGAACGACUCUGCACAGCUGAAUUAGGUAAACCGCAAAAAAUGAAGCUAUAAGAAGGGGAGGGCAAAGAAGAAGCAGCAGGAAGUGCUCGUUCAACGGAGAAACUUUUUGGUUUUAAAAUCAACCGAAAAACCUGUUUCGACUGAAGAAGUAGUACAGGUAGUGUCUCUUGCUUAAAGAGAGCUUAUGGACAUGACGAAUAUUGCAUGUUCUCUCCCGACAGUCGUGUAACUUUGUUUAUUUUGAGAUGAACUUAGAACAUGAUCUCAGAACAUGAACCUAGAGCAUGAAUCAGAGCAUGGUCUCAGAACAUGAACUUAAAAAUCUUUUACGGAGGAGCAAUUUCUGGAAUUAUCGGUCAUUAGAUGAAAAUUAACGCCAAAGAAGACGACGAGGUUUAAGUCGCCAUUUUGAAAAGGCAGACCAAGAAAUUUCGUUUUCACCUAAAAACAGUAGAAGGCGAGCCACGCCAUAAAGAUGCCAAAGCUAACCACAUCCGUGAAUCACACAUUGAGGUCACGAGAAUUAAGGAAAUGAUCACGAUCUAAAGAAUCUCUCGAUUGCUAAACAAAUUUAACUGUCAGCACUUCAAGUAAUGCAUAAAGUACAGUAUGGAGAGUGUGCACACUGCGUUAGGGUGUAAAGCGUCAAACACGAGUCUUGACAAGCACAGGAACUUCACGUCAUAUGCUGGGUAAAGCUGGAGAGCAAUCGGCAAGGGUGAACUAUCACGGUCGGGCUAUCAGGGCUGGGCUAUCAGGGCUAUUUUACCAAUGGGCUUCAUCUCCUAGGACACGUGGAUUUUUAAAGGAAACCUCCUAUGUACGAAUAUCUAGGUCUAGUUUGAACCGCAAUCUGUUUCGACUCGAACCAUAGCGUUUCAAGACUGUAGGUCUUAAUCGAUUAGCGUUGAGUUACUUUGAUAACUUAUUUUGUCAUUGCUGUCCUUGCUACUCACCAAGUAUGAGCACCAUGCCACAAUCGGACUUAAAUAGCUAUGAAGUGUAAAAAUUUUCAUACUUUAGAUGUACUUUGAUGAUAACCUUUAUGUUCAGGCUGAGAUAGACCAUGAUAAGGUUAGCAUGGCAUGCAAUGUGACACUUAUUUCUACUUUCACAAGAGUGAGCCAAGAUACAGGAAACCUAAACAAUCGACGACAGAGCCGAUAACUCCGGUAAAUUGGCUACCGUAAAGAGUUUUAAAACUGACGUUUCUAGCGUUAGCCCUUAGUCAGAGCAAUGACAAAGGGUUAUCGCUCGAUGUCAGCUUUGAAAUUCUUUACGGUGGCCAAUUUACGUUAUCAACUCAUUCGAUUAUACUAAAUUACCCUUUUAUACUCUCCCUCCGACGCAGCACCACAGUUUUUUCGAAACUUACCCCUUUUAUUCAAUCGACGACAGACUAGAGUUUCAAGUCCCAGUUUUAUUUGUAUCUUUCACAUCCAUAGUAGUGUACUGUUCACAUGUCUUUACUUAAAGGUGUGUGCAACAAAGACAACUGGUUUGGAACAAAAAUUUCCCUUCUUUCAACUUCCAUUAAUUCGUCUCGGAAGCAGUGGCACAGUGAGACUCAUAUUACCCAAACCGGUGUAUUUGUUGCUAUUCCAACUCAAUGUUACCUUUUUUUUUUAGUAGUGUAGUUUUGUUGUGGUGUUGAUCAUUUCUGCCAUGUUACAACAGGUGCGAUGUUCCGUUUGGGAAAAAAUCCCCAUAUUGAGUUCACCAAGAUGGCGCAGCAAUACGGGGACGUGUUCAGUCUGAUGCUUGGGAAUCGCCUGGUGGUGGUGCUAAAUGGACUCGAUACAAUUCAAGAGGCCCUUGUAAAGCAUUCCACAGCCUUUGCUGGGAGACCACAGCUCCACACUUUUAAACUUGGCAAUCGUGAGGGCACCAGUCUCACCCUGAGUGAUUACACUCCACAGUGGCGUCUAACCCGUAAGAUCAGUGCCUCCGCGAUGCAGAAUUUUGCAAAGGAUAAAAGCAACUUGGAAGAAAAAUUGUUGAAGGAAUGUAAUCGCUUGGUCUUCUGCAUUAAACAACAGAAAGGCAAACCCUUUGAUCCUCUAUUAACCUUCAAGUUUGCCACAGGAAACAUUAUUCUUAAUGCACUCUUUGGAGUGAAUCUCUCAUACCAAGAUGAAGCUAUUGGUAGAAUACUUCACCUUUCCGAGAGCUUUGGAAAAGCUUUAAAGAGCAACAGCCAUGUGGAUUUUUUCCCUUUCUUGAAGUAUCUUCCCAAUAAGUCACUCUCCGAUUUUGUAUCUUUAAUGAAGGAAUCCUUUGAUCGCGUUGCUGAGAUGUUCAUGCAGAACAAAGAGAGCUACACCGAAGGGCACGUUCGUAACGUGGGUGACAGUUUCUUCAAUGUUCUCGAGAAAGAAAUGAUGAAAGAGAAAGAGAAUGGACCAGUUACAGAGAACACCCACGAAAUAGCUCCUCUGCUCGAUGAUAAGCAGAUCAUCUCAGCUAUAACAGAUCUCUUCGGUGGGGCCUUUGACACGUCGUCCACAACUCUUACCUGGGCCCUGGCGUACCUGAUCAAGUAUCCUGACAUCCAGCGUCAACUCCAAGUCGAACUAGACCACGUAGUUGGACGAGAACGCCUUCCCAUUCUUGAGGACCUGGCCUCGCUUCCCCUACUCCAAGCCACAGUCUACGAGCUUCUGAGGGUAACGAGCCUUGCUCCUCUCUCAGUGCCCCGUUCAACGACCAAGGAGACGAAAAUCCGCGACUUUGUUAUCCCGAAAGACACGAUGGUCCUUGUUAACCUGUGGUCUGUGCAUCGCGAUCCAGGAAUCUGGAAAGAUCCGCAUGUUUUUAAUCCAUGGCGCUUCCUGAACAGUGAUGGUGAGCUGAUCGAUCCAAAGUCAUUUGGAGGGUUCCUUCCAUUCUCUGCAGGUCGUCGAAAAUGUCCUGGAGAAUCACUGGCCUUAAGAACAAUCCCCGUCCUUCUUGCAACACUGCUUCACAGCUUCCGAUUUUCACAGGAAGGUUUGUCGAGUGUGUAUCAAGGCAUUAAUCUUGAAGGUAAUUUUGGUCUCACUUUAACACCUGAGACGUUCUAUGUACGAAUUGAAGAACGGAAGAAAACGGAGUGA